UCCUUGGCAAUGUGUUGGGGUUAGGAGUUCCGUUUUAACGUUUCGUGAUGGAGUGCCGCUUCACUUCCAUUGUUGGACUCGGCUGUUGGUUUUAUUUUCACCGCCGAGCCUUUGCGGCUGUGAUGCCCGGGUGUGUGUGAAGCUGGCCGGAUCGUGUGCAGAGGAGCAGGGUGACAUUUGGCAGCACAGAAGAUGCUAUGAGAAGGGGAUUUUGUUUGAGAUUUUGGGAAACCACACUGGUACUGGGAUUAUCCUGCCUUUCUGUGAUGUUGCAAUGAGAUGAGGCUCCGUAAUGGAACUGUGGCCACAGCUUUGCUAUUGAUCACCUGUUUCCUGAGUCUGUCCUGGUACACUGCAUGGCAAAAUGGAAAAGAAAAGUUAAUUGCUUAUCAACAUGAGUUUCACGCUUUGAAAGAGCGUCUUCGUGUGGCUGAAUAUCGAACUUUGCAACGAUCUUCUGAACUGAAUGCUAUCCUACAACAGUUCCGGCGUGCAAUAGCAGAAACAAAUGGAAGCAGAAAUGCAAUAAGCAUCUUUUCAGAUGAAACGCAGAGAUUAUUACAAGACCUGUCAAACAAGAAGUCCUUACAAGUGCCAACAAUCUACUACCAUUUGCCUCAUUUGUUAAAAAAUGAAGAAAGCUUGCAACCUGCUGUGCAGGUGGGCCUUGGAAGAACAGGAGUGUCAAUCGUAAUGGGAAUACCUACAGUAAAAAGGAAGGUCAAGUCCUAUUUGGCUGAGACAGUCCACUCCCUUAUUGACAAAUUAUCUCCGGAAGAAAAACUUGACUCUGUUAUUGUAGUCUUUGUAGGAGAGACUGAUCUUGAUUAUGUGCACAGUGUUGUGGAAGGUUUAGAAAAAGGGUUUUCUGUAGAAAUUAAUUCAGGGUUGUUGGAAGUCAUAUCGCCUCCUGCUUCUUAUUAUCCUGACUGGUCUGACUUAAAGGAGACCUUUGGAGAUUCUAAAGAAAGAGUCAAAUGGCGAACAAAGCAAAACUUGGACUACUGUUUUCUUAUGAUGUAUGCACAGAAAAAAGGCACCUUUUACGUCCAGCUUGAAGAUGACAUAGUUGCCAAACCGCAUUACUUUAGCACAAUGAAAAAUUUUGCACUUCAGUUAUCUUCAGAAGACUGGAUGGUUCUAGAAUUUUCUCAGCUGGGAUUUAUUGGUAAAAUGUUUCAAGCUCCUGACCUGACUCUCAUUGUAGAGUUCAUAUUUAUGUUUUAUAAAGAGAAACCAAUUGACUGGCUGCUAGAUCACAUUCUUUGGGUGAAAGUCUGCAAUCCAGAGAAAGAUGCCAAACAUUGUGAUCGACAGAAGUCUAAUCUUCGAAUCCGCUUUAGGCCUUCUCUUUUCCAACAUGUUGGACUACAUUCUUCUUUGGCAGGGAAGAUCCAGAAACUUACAGAUAAGGAUUUCUUGAAGCCAUUACUCCAUAAAGUUCAUGUAAAUCCACCAGCAGAAGUUUUUACAUCAAUGAAGGUCUAUCAGGGCCACUCGCUGGAGAAGACAUAUAUGGGAGAGGACUAUUUCUGGGCAAUUACACCCAUUGCUGGAGACUAUAUCUUGUUUAAAUUUGACAAGCCUGUCAAAAUGGAAAGGUACCUCUUCCGCAGUGGGAAUCCAGAACAUCCAGGGGAUAAACUGAUGAAUACUACGAUUGAAGUUUUACCUUUUAAGAGUGAAGAACUGGAAGCUAAGCAAGAAACCAAAAAUAAGUAUCUACGUACAGAAGAUGGGUUUUUCAGAAUAGGUAAAUUUGAAAAUGGACUAGCAGAAGGUACUGUAGAUGCCAGCCUAAACCCCGUCAUGCAGCUUCGACUUUUUACCUUGAAAGAUUCUUCUGUCUGGGCUAUUCUUAGUGAGAUACACAUUAAAAAGGCUCCUGAUUAAACCAAGAAAUAACUGAGAGGAUGAAGGAAAUAUUUUUGGGACUUUUCUUACAGGAACUUUUGUCCUCUUUUUUCACAGUAUGUGUGAUGGACUGCAUCUGCUUUUAAUCUAAUCGUCUUGGAGAUAAGAUUUUGUGUGUGUUUGAGCACUACCUCCUGUGAAAUCUACUGUAAUUACCAGAUAACAUUGUGAUUGACUUUAUUUGUAAUGUCACUUUCUUAGCACUUGGGUCCAAUGGAGUAGAAAAUGUCACCAACUCCUGCUAACCAUCACAUUCAUUAUUCUCCAUUAGUAGCAGACGUCUCCAAGAGAGUGCACUUCAUCUGAUGACAAGAGCAAGUGGGUUCCUGGAAGAACUAUUCCAUUUAAUGGAUUGUUCCUUUGUUAAGCUCAGAUACCGGUGUCAGUCAUUUUGUGGUUAUAUCGGUGUACCAUUGUCCUUAGCAUGAUGGUGUCACCAAUGGGCACAGCACUUGUCCAUUUCUGUGCACAUGUCUUAAGCAAAGUUUUAUUUCCAUUUCUUGGUUGGCUUGUGGGGGAGGGGGGAGUGCCACAGAUCCUGAGUCAUUCCAUUUCUAUGAGCCAGGUGUAUCGCCUGUAUAGUGCACUGAUUGACUCCUCCUUUGGGGACUACAUGUGAACCUUGGUCUCACAGGUGGCAGUGCUGUGCACUGCUGCUUUUGCUGUAUACAAAACUUGCACAUCAGUCCAGGCUUCAAGGCAUAUGAGCAGAUCUGUUUGCCACUGUUGUACUAUUAACAUUGAAAGAGAUAGGAAAGUUAUAAGUAUCUGUACCCUGGACUUGUUUGAUGGGCAAAGUCGAUAACAGCAUCUGUUUUUAAGGAAAAAUUUGUGAAAUCAGUGGUUUGAAAUCUAUUGACAACUCUAAAAAGAGUUGAGACUUAAUGCAAGUAUUUGUAGUUGAUUACAAUGCUGUUCAUAGAGAACAUAGUAUUCCUUGUCUGUAUUUAACUGUAUCUUCAUAAAGGCUAAUAAAACAUAAGACAUGAUGUUUUACCGCUUGUAGCUGCUACUGCAUGGCCAAGACUGGUUGGCAGCAUGUAUCUGCAACUUUCUGUGUAUUGUUAUUGGAGGCCCACAGACCUGUAGACCCACUUGUCUUAUCUUCUGGUCUGCUGUCUAGCCAUCUGCUAAAGGAAACUUCUUCCUUCCCAGGUGUCAAUGCAAGCCAACCUGUCACUUGUGACUUCUCUUCUAGCAUCAUGCCUCGGCGAGGGUAAAAGAGACUUCAGACACCAGUCUCUCAAGACAGUGAGAUCAGGUCCUUGGCAGUUGCCGUCAGUGCUGUCUUUGAAUAGAAGCUCCCUCAGAGUGGGCUGUCACCCUGGCCCAGGAAGGAGUUUUUUUUUUUUUUUUUAGUCCCCCUCCCCCUAGCUAUUACACAGUGGCACCAUGCUGGGAUACGAGCAUUCUCCCUGCUAAUGAGUUGGGGCAUACAUUUUUGUAAAUGUGCAGUUACAGUGCACUGUCUUUUACCCAGCCUCUGCUAGCUGACAUUAUCACUGCCACCCCAUCCCUGCUUUUCCUCCUGGGAAAACAGAGCUGUUUUUUGACCACCCCCCCCCCCCCCCAGCUGGCUCUUAACAGCUUCCCCAAGGCCAUUCCCAAACUGAGUUCUUAAGCAGUAUCUUUUCUGUGUGCCACAAAUUAUCCAUGUAUAAUGCAGGUAUAUCAUUAUGGUUAUAUAAAAAUUAGCAUAUUUUUGGUCCCCUUUAAGAAAACAGUCUUGAACCAUUCAUGAAAAAGCCAUUUGUAUAUUGGUGCCAUUUUACCUGACAUUUACUAAAAUAGACCAUCUUCCUCCUAAGGAAUUUUAUACAGUUGAAAAACGUCUUCUAGUCUGCCUAAUGUUUUGGGCAUGUUUAGCAUUUUGAAAUGUAUAUUUUGUCAUACACUGCAUACAGAAUUGUAACAUAGUGUAUAAUGCAUUCUAGGGGGUUAAAAAAUCAUCUUUUGAAGGCAUGGUCUUUUGUCCUCCUCAACUCACUGCUCAGUAAGUUGAGUGCCAGGGAUAUUUUUCAAUAAAAUAUGAUGUAUAAUGUUAA